AUGGUGAUGCAACUCGGAGUUGGAUCUGACGAUGAAGCUGCGAUGUUGAUUAUCGGAACUGUUGGGAACUCGAGCUGUGGUGAUGAUAUGAAGCUCUCUGCCAAUGUUAGUGACGAAACUGAACGACAAAUUAAUGGUGGUGCUCGAGUUAGUCGAUCAUAUUCAGUCAUGUCUACAAUCUCUUCUACCGUCUCUGUUGUUGCUACCUCUACCAUGUCUUCUUUUCAAUUUUCUCAACCCCAUCACAUGAUCACUGUGAAGUUAGAUGAAACAAAUUACUCCUUAUGGCGUGCUCAAUUUCUCCCUUUUCUUCAAGGACAUGACUUGGAUGGUCAUGUCAUUGGUGAAACUUCAUGCCCUACACCAACUCUUGCUGCUGAUCUCCCAAACCCUGCAUAUCUUUCUUGGAUAAAACAGGAUGAACUCUUAGUUAGUUGGCUAUUUUCUUCCCUUACCCUGGUUGUUUUUUAUCAUGUACAUCGAUUGACGACUUCUAAAGAAAUCUGUUCGUCUCUGGAAUAUCUUUAUGGCUCCAAAUCUGAUGCUCAAGUUCAUCACCUUCACUGUGAGCUACGAGCAUUACGGAAAGGCUCUCAAACUAUGCGUCAGUACAUAGAUCGUGCUCGUAAUCUUGUGGAUAGUCUAGCAGCAGCAGAUACCAUUUUAACAGGGAGUUCCGUGGUAGGCUUCUAA